UAUAAAUGUGUCAUAGUCCACAGUUUUUAUCUUUCUCCAUCUUUUUUUUCUGAUGUUCUCAGAACCAAAGGUAACAUGGAUGCAGAUUCAUGGACUAGUUGCCCUUUCUGCGAUUCAACAGUCCCCUCAUCCCAAAUCAAUCGGCACGCCAAUGCUCACUUUGAAGAUGAUCCUGAGCUACCCCAACAUAUUCAUUUUCCCCCUAAUUCCCACCUUCAAUCAUCUCUUCCGAGUGAACAAACAGACAAUGACUUGCAGUGCGGAGCAAAUUCUGGAGAGUGUGGUGGUGAAACUAGUAGAGAUAGCGGGGAAUGCAAAAUGGAUGAUAAGUUAUCUUGCUUGAUUGGUUUACAGGCGAGGAGUGAAUUUUGCAAAGUUGAAGGGGGUUUGAUGGCUUUGUUAAGAGAUUGUUUGGAGUGUGAAGCUGAAAAUUCGAGAAGCGUUUUAUCUGGGUAUGUUGAUCAUUUCCAGAGUCUUCAGUCUGAGGAUUCUGGUUGGGGUUGUGGAUGGCGUAACAUUCAAAUGCUUAGCUCUCACUUGCUAGUGCAAAGGCCAGAAGCAAGAGAAGCUUUGUUUGGGGGUUCGGGAUUUGUUACGGAUAUCCCUUCGCUCCAGAGAUGGCUUGAGAUUGCUUGGGAGAAGGGUUUUGAUGCGCCUGGAUCGGCUCAAUUUGAUCAUGUUGUUUAUGGUUCAAAAAAAUGGAUAGGAACUACUGAGUGCGCAGCUCUUUUGCGAUCCUUUGGUCUUCGAGCGAGAGUAGUGGAUUUUGGUCCCAAGGAAUCCCAAUCUGCCUCAGGUUCAAGUGUUGAUAGCACUAUGAAUACAGCAAAUACUAGUAAGAUGGUAGAAAGUAAAGAUAAAAAAGGUGAGGCUUAUCAAGUUCUCAUGGAUUUUGUGUGGAAUUACUUUUCUGAUGAAAGCUCAAUCCAAUUUGGUCAACAGUGUGUUGUGGUCAGUGAAAAAAUGCCCUUAUACUUUCAACAUGCUGGUCACUCAAGAACAAUAGUUGGAAUUCAUGUCAAACAUCAAGAGACUGGAAUUCUACAAUAUAAUCUCCUUGUUCUGGACCCUGCUCAUAGUACGGCUGCUCUUGAAAGAUCACUACGACAGAAAGUUGGAUGGCAGAAACUCAUAAAAAGGGGAAUGCAUACACUGAAGAAGCCACAAUACCAGCUGUGUUAUGUUGAUCCUGGAAUUGCUGGAGAGGAGGAGAUAGAAAAACUCAAGACAAUUGACAGUGUCUUCCUUGAAAUUUAGACGACCAUAUAAAGCUCUUUGCCACAUCCAGGAACUGUCUUUAUCUCAUGAAAGAGAAAUUAGGUGAAUGUGCUGAAAUUCUUGUAUGGAAAUAUCUAAUACCUGAAUACAAUGCACGUCUGACAUUUGCCAUAGCCUUUUCUCCAAUAACUCCAAAGAAAUAAUGCUGGAAGGUGUGGCUAAAUAAG